AUGGAUUUCUAUUCUCUUUAUUAAAUUUAUGACUAAAUCUAGGGACCUCAAUAUGGAAUUAAUAAUAAUAUAUUUGGAGUUAUACCUAACUUUACAUUAGAAGAACAAAUAAAUCCAUUAGUUGCUCUUAUGAUUCCAAAAAACUAAGUUUAAAACACCACUCUUACCAAAUAUAGAACUCUGAAAUAUUUAAACAUUUUACAACCAUAUUAGUAUUGCUGUUCCCAAAAUGAGCACUUUUUAAUAUAUCUCAAUUUAUUUUAGUAUCAAUUAAAUGAUGAGAAAUUAAGCAGAAUUAUUAAUACAGAAGGUUACAGAAUUCUACUAUAACUUGCACUAAGUAUAUUAUCAUCUUUAAAUUUAGCAUUUGCUGAGUUUGAAAAAAGAAAUUUUAAUUGGCCAUUAUACUCUAUAAAUCAAGUAUAUUAUAUGGAAGGAAUUGUUUAUUUGUCACUAUUGGAAUAUAAUUUCAGUUAAAUUGAUAAACCAUACAAUUCUCUCGCUAUUUUUUGGAAUUUUAUCAACCAAUAUUUUCUUUAUAAAUAUUAAGACUUGAUAUAAUUUUAAAAUUAAAAAGAUUUAUAAAAUGUUACUAGAUAUUUGUUUUAAAAAAAUGAUAAUGUUUAAAUAUAAUCAGGAUUUGAUCCAGAUUUUUAAAAAUUACUUAGUUAUUUAUUAAGAAUUGAUAAUUAUAAAUAAAUAUAUAAUGGAAACUCUAUUGUAAAGAGCUUUAAAAAACCAAAAGCUUUUUCUCUUAAUUUUCCUACUAUUAAAAAUGAAAUAGUUUAUAAAUAAACAAAAAUUUACGGAGAUGAGGAAGAAAGAUAAUAAAUUUUAAAAUAAAUAGAUAGAGACAUUUAAUUAAUGGAACUAUUUAAUAAUAGUGAAAAUGUAGCAACUUGCUUUACUUAUCUUAGAGUUUUCGAUUUUGUGUUUUUACUUUACUAGAAAUUUGCUGGAACAUUAGUGAAUGGAUUCAAUAAUUGGCAAAAAUAACAAUAAACAGUAGAAUAAUUUAGAAAAGAUGUUUAUAGAAUGGCAGCAAAAACUGCUAAAUGUAAUAUUAUUUUAAAUCAUAGCACUUUUGUGUUUGCACGAUAAAGAUAUAAUUCAUAGAGAUUUAAAGCCUGAAAAUAUUUUUAUUGAUUAUGAAUAAAUUAGUUCAAGUUAAUUUUACAUUGCUGAUUUUGAUUGUUCGAAAUAAAUUAAAGAAGGAAUUAAUGUAGAAUAAACAAGAGAAUAUUUUACUCCAAAAUAUGAUCCUCCAGAAAUUAUAUAAACUUUAAAAUAUGAUAUAUUCUAGAUUGGUUUGAUAAUAUUGACAGUUGCAAAUAAAGGAAUUUAUAUAGGAGAUGUAAGGCAUGGUCCAAGAGGCUUAAGUGAAUAUGAUUUUGAGAAAUUCUAUAAUAGAAAGGCUAUUGAAAAUAGUUUAUCAUAAAUAGGUUAUGAUCAAAAAUUUUUAGAUAUUUUAAGUUAAUGUUUACUUAGAGAUCCAAAUUAAAGACCUAAUAUAAGAACUCUUUAUGAAUGUCUUAAUUCGAUUUAUUUAAGGUAAAAUAUAAGAAUUAUAAAAUCUACUCCAAGAAUAAGUAAAUUUUAACUUCAUUUUAUAGUUUAAUAGCAAACUUAAGAUUUUUAUUAUGAUAGGGUAAUAAUAAGAGAUAGAUCAAAUUCUUAAUAAAAUCCUCAGCAGACAAAUCAGUUUCAAAAUGGGCCUAAUUAAAUACCUAAUUAUUAACCAUAGGGGAUUUAAUAGAUGUAAUAGAACAACUAAUAAAUUUAAUAUUAAAAUCAAUAAAUUUUUUUUAAUUAAUAGAAUUAUUAUCAUUAACAAUGAGAGUAAAUUAUUUAUUAUAAUAAUUAGUAAUUAAAUCGAACAAGG